CACACCACACAGCAUCUCCGCACAAAAGGUGAGACGACUGCUGCUUCUCUUCAGUACAAUCUGACUGAUUUGUUGUGUCAUAGAUGCUUCUUAAGGCUCUUUUUCAUUCUCUCUCUCAGCACAAACCAUCAUGGAAGCUGCAAUUGGUACCCUUGUCAGCCAGUUCAAGUCCUACGCUGGGAAAGAUGGCUCCUGCAGCACCCUGAGCAAAGAGGAGUUCCAACACCUUGUGACCACCCAGCUGCCCAACUAUGUCAAGAACGCCAGCGACCCUGUGGUCAUCGAGGAGCUCAUGGGCUCUCUGGACCAGAACAACGACGGGGAGCUGACUUUCUCCGAGUUCUGGCAGCUGAUUGGAAAACUGGCGAGCAAACAGGGAGGCUUCAGCGAGUAGAGCCUGCUGCCACCGCCGCCGUCUUCUGUCAACUGUGGCUUUCAGCAGAUUGUGCAAUCACCUCAAACGAAGCUCUCCAACUGUAAAAUCAAAGGCAUUCAAAUUCUUUUAUCACUCCUCCAGCGCCACAUGUGUAACUCUUUAGUUAACCAUUUGUUGAAUGCAGGGAACUUUGAAUUAAAGGUUUCAUUGUCUCAAACCUCAGCCAC